CGCGCAUCCCAGAGACCUGAAAGCAGUGCAGAAGGAGUACGAUUUGUCAGAGAGGAGAAUCCAGCGGGGACACCUUCCUUCACCAAUAUGGAGAGAGCUGACCUGGGCAUCACACACACUUCCCUGUCCCGGUUCCUGGAUGGAGACUUCUGGGGGAUGAAGAACGAGCUGCGGAGACAGAUCGCGGAGAACCCCAUCUUCCAGCAAAGAUAUGACUUGAGUUUGGAUGAAAUGAGGGACCUCACAUUUGAAAGAGUAAAAUUUGUCUUGGGCUUACCACUUGUUCAGCAGACGUUUCAGGAGAUGAUAGAUAAAAGGAAAAACUUUGUCAACAGAAGUCUAAUUAUGGGAGAAGUUUUUUGUACGGCUGAUAUGACAACUGGAGUAAAGUGUGGUGUAAACUGCUGGUUGUUCGGAGGAGCGGUCAUUAAUCUUGGGAGUCCAGAACACAUCCCAAAAUGGUUCAUUCCCCUGAAGAACCAGGAAAGCACAGGCAUGUUUGCAAUGACAGAGCGAGGGCAUGGCAGCAAUGUACGAGGGAUUCUCACGCAGGCCGUGUUUGAUCCAGUGUCACAGGAAUUCAUAAUUAACACCCCCUGUGAAAAUGCAUCAAAGAUGUAUAUUGGCAAUGCAAUGAAAGGAAAUUAUGCUGCUGUGUUUGCCCAGCUUAUCAUAAAUGGAAAGUCUCAAGGUCCACACUGUUUUAUCGUUCCUGUUCGAGACCAACAUGGGAAUAUGUAUCCAGGAGUAGAAGCGGUGGAUAUGUUGUUCAAAGAAGGUCUUCAUGGCGUAGACAAUGGAAUUCUGACAUUCAAUCAAGUUCGGAUCCCCAGAGAAAACCUGCUCAACAAGUUUGGCUCCGUUUCUCCUGAUGGGAAAUACAGUUCAUCCAUUCAAAACACGAGUGCCCGGUUUAAUGCAAUGCUUGCAGCUCUCACACCAACACGAUUAGCGCUAACAUUCCAGGCUCUCGGCGCUAUGAAGCUUGGAUUGACCAUAGCAAUACGCUACAGUCACAGUCGGAGGCAGUUUGGCCCAAAAGACAAAGAGGAAGUGAAGAUAAUUGAACAUCAAACCCAACACCUACGAUUGAUGCCACAUCUGUCUACAGCAUUGGCGCUGACAUUUACUAGCAGGUUUGCAGGAGAAAUGCUCGAUGAAGAUGUUUAUCACAACAGAGACCUGGUAAAUAAUCGCCCUUUACAAGCACUUGUCGCUGGUCUUAAGGCCUAUAGCACAUGGGAGAAUUUGUCAUGUCUACAAGACUGUCGGGAGUGCACUGGUGGAAUGGGCUUUAUGAUGGAAAAUCGAAUACCGGGCUUAAAAUGUGACUCUGAUGUCUUUGUCACAUUUGAAGGUGACAACGUUGUUAUGCUACAGGUGGUGGUAAGGGAGCUCCUGGCACAGUACACCAGACAGUAUGAGGAAAGUCCAGUCUUUGGCCUCCUCAGAAAUUGGACCAGCUCCAUCAGUGACAGACUAAGAACAAGCUUCUUGGCAUUCAGUUCAGAUAAGAUCAGCAGCUUGGUGUUCUUCUUAAAAGCCGUCAAUUUUCGGGAGAGGGUGCUACAGCGUGGUUUAGCUGCCAGACUCUACCACAAGGUUAUGAAAAAGAAGGAGGAUUUCUUUAAUGCGUGGAAUUCAUGUCUGCAUCAUGUUGUCACUCUGGCCUUGGCCCAUAUUCACAGAGUGACAUUGGAGCAGUUUGCCUUGGCUGUGGAGUCUUGUCCUGUGCCAGCGGACCAGCAUUUACUAAUGGAGUUCUGCCUUCUAUAUGGAACCAAACUGAUCUACAAUGAACGAGCCUGGUACCUGGAACAUAAAUACUUUACACCUGAAACCAGUAACCAGAUCAGGAAUCAAUUACUUGGGCUGUGCGAGCUGGUGAAAGAUGAUGCCCUGAAGGUAGUUUCCGCCUUUAACAUCCCUGAUAACACCAUCCAAGCUCCCAUUGCUGGCAUUCCCAACCCAAGAGCUCCAUGGGCAUAUUAUCCUCAACCACACCAGGAAAGAGACAGCAAAGUGCCAAAGAAAAUCAGUGCAAAGCUUUAACUUUUUUCAGGCAAAUGUCAUAAGGAGAAAAAAGUCAAGCCAAUUGGCGCAGGCAGAUAAAUUUCAAGUUAUCUUGCUCUUAUCGGAAGAAAAUCAUUACAUUACCUUUAUAAUAAAGACUUGAUAUUUUCUGUAAUUUUAAAUACUGAAACAAUAAGCACAGCUAACAAUGGUGAACUAAGACAUGAGGACUUUUAAUUUCAUUUUUUAUAGAUAGAUUUAUAAUAAUAAACAGAAAUGUAAAAAUGAAAUGAAGGUAUAAAUACUGUAACU